GAAGUUUGACGCACAUUUCUAGAAAUUUCACCGCAAGCACGAGAUUUUCAUCAGAGCUCCUGUAAGUUGCAUUUUGGGCUGAUUCCCAGUGAAGUCUUGUGUUAAAAUCACUCAAUUUCUCUUGUUUAUACACCAGUCACCCCUAAGAAACAAAAGAUGUAUCGCCUUCCGAGUGUUUUGCGAAUGUCAUCAGCACGCCAGCUGGCUGUCCGGAAUUAUGCCAAGGACGUGAGAUUUGGGGCUGAUGUCCGAGCUACGAUGCUGAAGGGUGUUGAUGUCUUGGCGGAUGCUGUUGCUGUCACAAUGGGUCCCAAGGGGAGAAAUGUGAUCCUGGAGCAGAGCUAUGGCUCUCCCAAGAUCACCAAAGACGGUGUGACUGUGGCCAAAGGAAUUGAGUUGAAGGACAAGUUCCAGAACAUUGGAGCUAGAUUGGUACAGGAUGUGGCCAAUAAUACCAAUGAAGAGGCAGGAGAUGGAACAACCACUGCCACUGUCCUGGCCAGGGCGAUUGCUAAAGAAGGCUUUGAGAAAUGCUCUAAAGGUGCUAAUCCCGUAGAGAUCCGCCGUGGGGUAAUGCUGGCUGUGGAUUCGGUCAAGGCCAGCCUCAAGACAAUGUCCAAGAAUGUCACAACACCCGAAGAGAUUGCUCAAGUGGCCACAAUCUCCGCCAAUGGAGACAAAGCUGUAGGAUCUCUCAUUAGCGAAGCCAUGAAGAAGGUCGGGAGGGAGGGCGUAAUCACCGUCAAGGACGGAAAAACCCUCCACGAUGAGCUGGAAGUGAUUGAGGGCAUGAAGUUCGAUCGUGGCUACAUUUCUCCCUAUUUCAUUAACAGCAGCAAAGGAGCUAAGGUCGAAUUCCAGGAUGCUCUUGUCCUUCUGUCAGAGAAGAAAAUCUCCUCCAUUCAAUCAAUCAUUCCUGCCCUGGAAUUGGCCAAUUCCCAGCGAAAACCUCUUGUGAUUAUUGCUGAAGAUGUUGAUGGAGAAGCCCUGAGCACCCUCGUGGUAAAUCGCCUCAAGAUUGGUCUGCAAGUUGCUGCUGUCAAAGCUCCAGGCUUUGGUGAUAAUCGCAAAUCCACGCUCCAGGACAUGGCCAUUGCUACUGGUGGCAUUGUCUUCGGGGACGAUGCGAAUCUCGUGAAGAUUGAGGAUGUCCAGGUGGCUGAUUUUGGCCAAGUGGGUGAGAUUGUCAUCACCAAAGAUGACACACUGAUCCUCAAGGGCAAAGGCAAGAAAGAUGACAUCGACAGGAGAUCCGAACAGCUCAGGGAUCAAAUCCAGGAAACCACUUCGGAGUACGAAAAGGAGAAGCUGCAGGAGAGGUUAGCUAGGCUGGCUUCCGGAGUGGCUGUGCUCAAAGUGGGAGGAUCUAGUGAGGUGGAAGUGAAUGAGAAGAAAGACAGAGUUAAUGAUGCUCUCAAUGCCACGAGGGCAGCUGUUGAAGAGGGAAUUGUUCCUGGAGGUGGAACUGCUCUGCUGAGGUGCAUUCCUGGACUUAAUCAACUCAAGGGAGCCAAUUCUGAUCAGACAACCGGUAUUGAGAUCGUCAAAGGAGCUCUGAGGAUGCCAGCAAUUACGAUCGCGAAGAAUGCUGGAGUCGAUGGAGCGAUGGUUGUGGCGAAAAUUGAGGAGCAAACCGGUGACUUUGGCUACGAUGCCAUGAACAAUGAAUACGUGAACAUGAUCGAGAAGGGCAUCAUCGAUCCCACAAAAGUUGUUAGGACAGCUCUGACUGAUGCUGCUGGUGUGGCUUCCCUCCUGACAACUGCCGAAGCUGUCGUUACGGAAAUCCCUAAGGAGGAGCCACCGAUGGGCGGAAUGGGUGGCAUGGGAGGAAUGGGAGGCAUGGGUGGAAUGGGCGGAAUGGGUGGCAUGAUGUAAUUCUCUGGCCAGACCUCAUUCCAACGUGCAAAAUAGUUUUAAGGGAGCCCAGUGUUCAUGUCACUUGUCGAAUUAUUCUUAAGCAUUUUUUUCUAUUACAUCAUAAGGGGCAAGAAAAAAAAGAUUACACCAAAAGUUUUGUUACACAAAAAAAAAUUAUCUAAAAAAAAAGAUUUCGCAGAACAAAUUUUGCCCUUGGCUGAGGAUUUUUUUCUUUUUAUACUUUAGUAGUUGAGAAAAAGCAAAGAGUAUCUCACAAAUGAAUCGAUUGAAUCUGUUUUCUUCAAUUAAUUCACAGGACGUUUGCCAUUAUUUGUCGGAAAAAUUAAUUGGGAAAUGUUAAAAAAGAGUUCUUCCUGCAAGAUUCAGGACAAUUUCUCAGAGAGAGACUGGAAAAUUGUGGGCAGCACGACUAACAUGUGUUAAUUGUAACAUUGAUCAAUGCAUUUAUUUUUAUAAGAUAAUUUGAGAGAAGUUUUUUCUUUGGGAAAUUGUGCUGAAAAAUGGAGAUUGAAAAAGAUUCAUUUGAAAAAAAUAUCCAGCUGAAGGUUGCUAGAGGACUUUAUAGGUAGAAUACUGUGAAUUUAGUUAUUACUGGUAGUAAAUACAUUCUAAACAUUUUUCAGAA